CACUAGUAUUACAUAAGUACCUAUGAAAAACGAUGUUUCAGUUUAUGCGACAAGGGUGCCCUCUAAGCGAAAACUAGAUACAAAGAGCACAUGUGGUUUAUUUUUUCCGUGUUCGAUUUAUCAUUUAGACAUUCGGCUUAUAUGUUGUAUGAGAGAACAGAUUUAGUUUGUUGUUAUUACGCUAUCUAGAAUUGUUUGAAUUCUACAUUACAGUAUAAAUUAAGUUCGUUGAAUGUUUGGAGUUCCUCAGUGAAGCGAUUUAGAUUAUUAAUCGCCGAGAGGGUAGAUUAUUGAUAUAUCAUAUAUAUCUUAUAUAUUUAAUUUUAGUUAUUGUUAUAGAAAUAAAAAUGGAAGAAGUUAAUCCAAAAGCAUAUCCGUUAGCGGAUGCAACUCUAACCGCAAAAAUUUUAAAUCUCGUAAAACAAGCUGUAGAUUAUCAGCAAUUACGGAAGGGUGCGAAUGAAGCAGCGAAAACUUUAAAUCGUGGCCUUUCAGAAUUUAUCGUAAUGGCUGCUGAUGCUACACCAUUAGAAAUUCUCUUGCAUUUACCGUUGUUAUGCGAAGAUAAAAAUGUACCUUAUGUUUUCGUCCGUAGUAAACAAGCUUUAGGUCGUGCUUGUGGAGUAUCUAGGCCAGUUGUAGCCUGUUCCGUUACAGUUAAUGAAGGAUCACAGUUGAAGCCACAAAUACAAGCUAUACAACAACAGAUAGAACGUCUAUUAGUUUAAGUUAUAUAUCUCUUCAUUGUACAAUGAUAUUCGAUUCAAGCGUCGAGUUUUUGACUUUUGUAUAGAUAGAUAUUUUUGUCACAUGUCCGGUAUAACAAUAAUUAUUAAUUAUAUUGAAAUUUUCAAUAAACAAUAACAAAAUUAUUUUCUUUAUAUCUUCAAAACUAGUAUAUAUUUUUAUAUGAUAUACAUAUUUUCUCUUUGUAUGUACAAUAUUAGACAUUAAUGGUCAUGGAAAUGAUUCGUUUAACGUUUCAAAUUAUAUAUAUGUUUAUAUAGCACAAGAUCCAAGAUGAAAAUUUUUAAGUAUUGGAAUUUAAUAUUAAAAUUAUUUUAACUUUCUCAUGUGUUACCUUGUUUUCAAAGUUUCAACGAAUGUACUAUUGUUUAAAUAUUAAUUUAUUGUACUACGUGUACAUUAAAGAUUGCUUAAAUAAUUAGAAAAUUAUGAAAAUUGUAACUUAUUGGAAUUUGGCUAUAUAGAUUAAAUGAUUUUUGAUUAUCCCACCGGAAUGCAACAAAAAAGUUACGUGUUAACUAUUAGAAUCAAUAAAAACUGGCAAAUCUA